CGUCCAGCCUCUUAACGCCUCGACCACCCUCGCGUCCCUCACUCCCUCUCUCCACCAUAGCUCCUGUCCUGUUGUGCAUUUAUCACUCACCAAGCAAUUCACCACCAUUUCGACGACAUCUUGUGCCUAUUCUCUCUAUAUCGACGUUUCAAGUCAUUGCAUCGACAGACUGUUCCGCUUGUUGCGACUUUCUUGACAUCACCCCGCUUGGUAACUAGCCUGGACUUCACUCAGCAACGUCACCACAUCGCCCACAAUGGUCAACCACCGACGCGGCCCUUGGUCGCAGCACGAAGACGCCUGGCUCGUUUCUCUCGUCCACCGCAACGGUCCGCACAACUGGGUGCGGAUAUCACAGGAGAUCCAGACGCGGUCACCCAAGCAGUGCCGCGAGCGCUUCCACCAGAACCUCAAGCCAACGCUAAACCACGAGCCAAUCUCGCCCGAGGAGGGCGAGCUGAUCGAGAGGCUGGUUCACGAGAUGGGUAAGAGGUGGGCCGAAAUCGCACGACGCCUGAAGGGCCGAAGCGACAACGCCGUGAAGAACUGGUGGAACGGAGGGCAGAACCGAAGGAAGCGCAACCCUGAUCGACUUGACGACGGCACCCAAGGAUCGCAGUCUGUGCAGAGCAGCUAUUCUUACCACCCGCUAUCACGACCCAUGGAUCGUCGCGAGGAACAUCCUGGCCAG